CCCGAGCUCUUUGAAUACGACCCACUUACACUUUCCGUUCUGGACAUUUCUGCGUUCACUGUGUCUGAAGAGUACAGCAAUGAUUAUGCUGCGGAAAGGAGUAGAGGAACCGGUUGUCAGGACGGAACACCAGCCGGCCGGCCAUGAAGAAACGGAGAAGAAAAUGCGCAAAAGGAUGACCCUAGCUCCGGACUGUUCCUGGAGCUGGAUGGUUGCGGUAUCUUGCGCCAUGAUGAACUUCUUCAGCGUCGUCAUGAUUCGGUCUGCUGGGAUCAUCUACGUUCAGAUUGUCGACUAUUUUGGAGUGACGAGAGAAGAAGCCGCAUGGCCCUUAUCCAUCGUACCGGGAGUUGCGAAUCUCAUAGGUCCCCUCGUUGCUAUGCUCAUCCGCAGGGUAGGCGUCCGCACCGUCGCCAUCACAGGAACCUUUCUAAGUGGGGUGUCUGUUAUCGCUUCCUAUUUUGCACGAGAUGUCCUCACCCUUUCCAUCACCCUGGGGCUAUGUCAUGGUAUAGGACUUGGUAUGACCUUGACCCCGAACGCUGUCUGCCUCAACCAAUGGUUUGACAAGAAAAAAGUGCGGGCAGCUGGCAUUAUCUACACGGGAGCCACAGCAGGAUCAUUUACGUUCCUCGUGCUCAUUAAGUACUUCAGUGAAACCUUCGGAUUCAGUGGAUGCUUUCUCGUCAUUGGAGCGCUUAUGUUGCAUGGUACAGUUUUUGCCCUUUUUCUCCGGUCUCCUCCGUGGAUGAGGAAGUCAGCGGUGUCGAAAUCCAAGACGAGCAGUACACCUGCACCCGUUCGUACUUUUGAUAUACAGAAGAACAAAAGGAAAGAUAAGACAGUACUCCAAACCCAAUCGAUGAGCCAGAGCUGCUGUCGGCAACACAAUUCCGUAGUAAAUUACGAAAAGCCCAAGAGCGGCAUUAUGGGAUGUGCUGCGACAUGCUCGAAUCUAAAACGGGAACAACGACACCACCAGGGAAUAGGCCAACGAAUAGGCUAUGAAGAUUCGAAGACGGGAAGACCCAAUCACAUUCAUUGCAUCAGUGAGGGAAUUCCUGGAAUGUCAGGCACUAUCAAAAGCUCUGGCGGAGAGCAAUGUGCCAAAAUACCAUCCCAGGUUAUAAAUCAAUCGCAAUUCAAGCCUGUCAUGCGCCGUGACGGUUUCGUGGACAAAUUAUUAUGUGGUGCAAAGCUGAGCAAAAUGUAUGCAUCGGUUAGUUCUGCCCUGUCAAGAACAUGCACAUACGUACCAGCUGCAUACGCAGAUACGUGUAAUGCCGAUGUCACAUUAAUUGCAUUCAACACGAUUUCGGAAGGCAAACAGGACAGUCGUUGCUCUCCGGAUAGCAUCUCUCGCGACCAGCACGAAAGACAGGCCAACAACACGUUGUUGAAUCCGAUGUAUGUUAUGGUAUGCCUGUCAUACAUCUUCGUCACCAACAGCAACAUGGCUUUCAUGACAGUAAUCAUGGACUUCGCGCAUGACAGGGAGGUACCCCUGCAGAACGCUAUAUAUCUGCUGUCGGGGUACGCGAUAUGUGACGUAACAGGGAGGUUAACCGUCGGUUGGGUAACCGACAAGGGCCUCUUGAGCAGGAAAGCAACGAUGGCCAUAUCAUGCUUGACGCUUGGAAUCUCAUUUCUGGUGCUCCCAUUCUUCACGACAUUUGAAGGAAUCCUAAUCGUAUGCCUCAUCCUUGGUUACUCCCUUGGCAACACUGUGGUACUUUUCAGCGUCCUCCUCGGAGACAGCGUCGUCCUUGAGAAAAUUGCCAUGGCUAUGGGUUUCAUGACUUUCUUUUCUGGAAUAUGUGGUUUCACAAGACCGUCGCUUAUUGGAUAUUUUAGGGACCAAUUCGGGAGCUACGACAACAUGCUUCGCUUGCUGGGAGCGAUAAUUGUCUGUCUUGGUAUGGGAUGGACUGUCUUGAGGCUACUAGAAAACUCACGCAACAAACAGUUCGAUAUACUGAACAAAGAGAAGACACCAGAACGACAGCCAGGAGUAUACAUCAUUCCUCAUGACAGCGAACACAAUGCGUAAUGAGGGCAUGUAUUGCGACAACCAAUUUGUGCACUUUGAAGACUGAAAAAUUAGAAGACUGUGUACCUUUCAGUUGAAAACGCAAAUGAAUAAGUGUAUCUGUGGUUGUAUGACGACAAUCUACCGUUGCAUAAAUGUGCUGUAUAUACAACGUUAAAUAUACACCGUUACUUUGU